UUCUGCCACCCUCACACACACACCAGCCUCCUGUCUCUGCACCGAGGACACUCCUGGGUGUGUGUGAGAGAGACAGAGCGUGUCUACCUUUCUCUGUGCUGGACCUUUAAUCCUUUUCACCCCAACUCCAAGAUCGAGCCCCCACUCGUCCUCUCCUCCUCGACCCGCUGGGAAGAAAACAUGACGGACGCAGCAACCAACAUGCGGCUGAAGCUGCCGAUCAUCUGCUUCAUCCUGGAGAUCAUCCUCAUCAUCCUCUUCGGCGUCUUGGUGCAGUACAACGAGGAGACGGAUGCAAAGGAGUGGCAUGAAACAAACCGAACCGACUAUGAGAACGACUUCUACUACCGCUACCCGAGUUUCCAGGAUGUGCAUGUGAUGAUCUUCAUCGGUUUCGGCUUCCUUAUGACCUUCCUGCAGCGCUAUGGCUUCAGCAGCGUGGGUUUCAACUUCCUCAUCGCAGCUUUUGCCCUGCAGUGGGCCACCCUCAUGCAGGGCUUCUUCCACGGUAUGCAUGAAGGCAAGAUCCACAUCGGGGUGGAGAGUAUGAUCAAUGCUGAUUUCUGCACCGGCUCUGUGCUCAUCUCAUUUGGAGCCGUUUUGGGUAAAACCAGCCCCGUCCAGCUGCUGGUCAUGGCAUUGUUCGAGGUCACACUGUUUGCAGUCAAUGAGUACAUCCUGCUGUCUGUGCUGGGGACCAGGGAUGCCGGUGGCUCCAUGACCAUCCACACGUUUGGAGCCUACUUCGGCCUCAUGGUGACCCGAAUCCUAUACCGGCCAAACCUGGAUAAGAGCAAACACCGAAACAGCUCAGUCUACCAUUCUGAUCUAUUCGCUAUGAUUGGUACCAUCUACCUGUGGAUGUUCUGGCCCAGCUUCAACUCUGCCAUCACUGCUCAUGGAGACGACCAGCACCGCACAGCCAUGAACACCUACUACUCUCUGGCAGCCUGCACUCUGUCCACAUACGGCAUGUCCGCCCUCACAGCACACGACGGCAAGCUGGACAUGGUCCACAUCCAAAAUGCUGCCCUAGCCGGUGGAGUCGCAGCGGGAACAGCUGGUGAAAUGAUGCUGACACCUUACGGCUCCAUGAUUGUCGGUUUCUUGGCUGGCAUCAUCUCUGUUCUGGGCUUCAAGUACCUCUCACCCGUCCUGGAGGAAAAACUCAAAAUCCAAGACACCUGCGGGGUUCACAAUCUUCAUGGCAUGCCCGGCAUCCUGGGUGCCAUUGUGGGAGCGGUGACUGCUGCUGUGGCAACUGUAGAUGUUUAUGGAGACGGUAUGAAAGACGUGUUCCCUGAUGUGGCAAGCGGAGAAGUUGAUGCGUCUUACCAGGGCGGUAUUCAGGCCGCUUCCCUUGCUGUCACCCUCGGCAUUGCCCUGCUGGGAGGACUGAUUGUCGGUUUCAUUUUGAAGCUGCCCGUCUUCGGUGCUCCUUCUGACACCAUCUGCUAUGAGGACAACAUCUACUGGGAGGUGCCUGGAGAGGAAGCGGAUCAUGACGGCCAGUCGACCGCUGUGAGGAUGGAGGAGUCUGAGAAGCUCAACAGUUAGACGCACACACACAGAGACAGAAUUACACACACACUGUGAGGUUUUAACAUCGUAGUACUUGAGUAUUACACCCUUUAGGUUGUUAAAAAAAAAGUGCCUCAUUGUGCUCAUGUCAACCACCACAUGUGUUUUUAGGUGAGAAAAAAAACUUUUUUUAUUCUGCAAAAAUAAAACUAAUCUCCAUUUUAAAGGUUUUUGUCAGCUUUGCCCACUAGAGGUCGAUCUAGAGCUAUGACACGCCGUGCUACAGGCCUGUGAAAGACUGCAUUGGGAAAUGAUGUGUCUAUUUGAUGAAAGAUGCUGUCUAAUUGUCCCCUAAACCAGGCCAAGACACGGUUACAGAAUUAAAUUUCCGCAGCCGGUUCAAACCAAAGACAAACAGACUCCAUUCAAUAGGAACGGCCUCAAUGAGUCUUGGGAAAUAUACAUUUUUUAAAUGGAUUACAUUUUCACAGCAAACCAAUUUUGUUUUUACAAUUUUCUUUAUUUUAAAUAAAGAAUUUUCAUGCAAAACAAUGCAGAGGCCUAAUGAUCUUUUUUAUGUAUAAAUUACCUCCUGAUACUUUAGGUUUGGGAUUUUCUAUGAUUUUAUUUUUCGUAUUAAACUGUUUAUGAUUAGUUAGAAUAGAAAUGUUACUGUUGGUUCAGGUAUGUACCUUUGUAUGACAGAUCACUUUUAGAUUGGCCUAAAGAUGAUGGCUGCAUCGGCUGAAACAAUUAAUGUGAACUGAAAGUAUUUUGAAACAUACUGGAUUAGUUUUUGGCAAAAUAAAUUGUUCAAGUGUG